GAACCAAACUGUGGCCUUGACAAUGUCCUCAUGUCCUGGGGCCACGAUGAGUAUCUCUACAGAGUUAUGAAGUUCAACAAGUGCCUCAUCCCAGAGGAGGGCUUAUACAUGAUUCGCUUCCAUUCCUUCUACCCCUGGCACUCCCAUGGAGAUUACAUGCAUCUGUGCAACGAUAAAGACUUGAAGAUGCUGCCCUGGGUCAAAGAGUUCAACAAAUUUGACCUGUACACAAAAACCACUGAUCUGCCUGACGUCAACAACCUGAAGGUGUACUACCGGUCUCUGAUUGACAAGUACUGUCCUGGAGUACUGCAGUGGUAAAACGGACCAAAAGGAACGUUUAAAAAGAAAAAUCAACGACAACACUGUUAGAAAUCGGUUAGUGGAAUGAUUUUACAUACCUAUAUUGUGACACUGACUAAAUGUAUAGCUGGACUUGGUGUCUUUCUGUAUAUAGUUUAGUUUUUACUGGAUAAAUCAAUCUUAUUUUGUAUAUUCUAAUCAUUAUAAUAAUGCCUAUUUUAUACAAUAAAGCAUGUACAAAUCAAAAUUUCGCUUUUAUUGUACUGUUACAUAUAUAUAAAAAGAUUUCAAAACA